AUGGAGCAGUGCAUGCGGCGCUACGAGGGUCUGCUCGAGGGGCUUCGCAAGCAGAAGGAGAAGAUGGAGGCCUUCUUGGUGGCCAUGCGGCCGUUCGUCAAGGGUGACAGCAGCGAUGAGGACACCGAGGUGAUGACACUCGGUGUGUCUGAUGAGGAUGUGUCGGUCCUCCGCCGCACCAUCGCCCUCUGCGGACCAGACCAUGUGCUUGUGAAGCGGUUCGACCGGUGGGAGAGCGAAGGAGCAGCACACAGGACGAUGGCACAUGGCCUUGUUCGUCUGUGUGAGUUGCAGGACUCAGUGGCCCGACCAGGAGGUGCGCCAGACGUCCCUCAGGUUGCUGCAGCUUAUCAUCGACUUUGCCCGCCGUUUGUCGGUCAUGCCCCCCUCCCGGUUUGUGCAUCCGCCGGUCGUCGCGCCGCACGAGAAGGCCAUCUUCGGUGUCGAGCUGGGAAUGUACGGCCUCAACACGGUGCCUUCAAACAGCACGAUCAUUCAGACGGCCGACGAGUGGCUGGCGGUGAUGAAGAUGGCGGACAAGAGGAUCGCUGUGGCGCCGUCGCUGCUGUACAAGUGAGCUCAGACAGACAUGCCGGGCACACAGACAUGGCUGUCGUGUGUGCUGAUCUCAGGUCGAGUCGUGACACCUUUGCGUAUCCCUCCUUCCUUAACAAGGUGGAGGACAAGAGCGGGCUGCUCUUCGCCCUCAAGCAGGGCGACACACACCGAUUCGGCGCCUUCAUCGACGGCCAGAUCAAGCCACCACACGACCCCACGCACGCCAACUUCUACAAGGUGCCCUCUUGUUCUUUUCGCUGUCGGGUGCGUACGAGACGCCGACCAAGAUCGAGCUGCCGGAAGAGGCACAGAAGGUGGACGUUGCUGGCACGCAGGGGGUGGUGAAGGAUAUCAAGGACGAGCCGUUUGGGAACGUCUGCAUCGCCUGCGGCCGUCUCUGGCUGGGAUUCGCUCAGCCUGGUCCGGCGGCCGACCUCAGCAGCUGCCAGCAGUGGAUCGCGAAGAAGGAGGUGCCCGACGGCUACAAGGGGACGACCGUCAAUGAGGAGGGCGCCGGCACACUGGCGCGGUCCAUGAACUUCACGUGCGAAGAGAUCGAAGUGUGGCAGGUGGGCGCAAGAGAGCAAGCACACCACUGGUGUGUCUUUCUGUCUGUCCGUCUUUCUGUGUGCAGGUGGGGAGCGGCUGAACCGAUCUGACGG